AUGCAAUACGGUACUCGACACCAAGGCAAAGGGGUUUCUGAUUUUUGGCAAUAUGUCUUCUUUACCGACGAGGCGUAUAUUGAUCCUUCCUCUACUAUUCAAGGGCAUAUCCUACGAGAGCAAGGCACACGUUACGAUUCUAGGAAUAUCCAAGAAAGGGGAGAAAAACAAGGGAUAAUGCUCUAUAUUGCAGCAUGGAUUAAUUGGUACUCUAAGACAGACAAAUUAGAGUUCUAUAACGACGAAACGGACUAUAUCCAAAAGCCAGAGCUCCCGCGCAAGCCUAGGAGGACAAUGUACGAGUCGACAGAUGACUUUUCUAUUAGAAUCCAGGAGUGGGAGGCAGCUCGCCUUCAUGACAAGGAGGUGAAGACAAAGGGCAACGCUAUGACUCAAAUUUACUAUAUAGAGCGUCUUUUGCCUGUAUAUAUAAAUGCAAUUCAUCAAGCACGGCAACAAAACUUGUUACGGGUUACUUAA